GGCGAUACUCAAUUGUAUCGCCAAAAAAGGUACUAAAAGUAUUCCCUUUGUAUUUAGUGUAUUAUGUUGAAAGACGCGUUCUCAUGUAAAAAGUGCCAGUUCCUCUAUUUGUGUUUGUGAAAACUCAUAUCUGACCAUCAUUGCGCUAGCUCUUUGUUUAUGUUAAAAAAUUACUUAUUUGUACACUGUUAAAAUCACACUUUAGGUCUGCCAUUUAACCAGUUCAGACGUAACUCACUUCCAUCUAAGUAUUUUGUUUUCUGUGUAUUCCUGUUGUGCAAAUAAGCCAUUCGAUUCAUUUGCAGCAUAUUUGCACAGGCAUGUUUUUUCUUUGUGGCCUCUCUUUAGUUUGCAAACAUCAUUUCGAACGAGACUCUGCUAUAAUUUUGCAUGCCAUUGGGAUCCCUUUGCAUGGCGGGGCCUACAAAACCCGCCGAUUUGACACUGGUUGUCAUAUUGGGUGUCCUGUUUCCAGAAAGUGUUAGCAUGAGUAUUUGCCUGUCUGUGGGAUGCUUUUGCAUGAAAGGCUUUGGUCAUGGAGAAGGGAGUCUAUUUGUCUGUAACUCCUCUUCCUGUCCAGGUGUGAAAGCCGAGAGCAUUGACUUGCCGACGGAGAGUGCUGACUGCGACUGGAGCUCCGGACUGCAGCCGUCCCCGUGCGUGCAGUGCGCUGUGUGCGGCCCAGGCCAUGGCGGUCCGUGCCCGCCGCUGCACGGAGUGUUCGACCAGCUUGACGAGGAGGGAAGCAUGCCGGACUCCAAGGUCGCUGCAGGCGUCGGCGCGGAGCAGGCCCAGCAGCUGCUCGUCGGCGAGGCCUUCUCCCUCGCAGUGCCGGCUGGCGACGCGGUCCAGGACGAGCAGGCCUCGAGCAAGGAGACGGGCAGGAAGGCGCGCCGCGGAUUCAACUGUGGGGAGUGCGGCCAGCGUUUCCGGACUGAGAGCGGAUUGCGGGACCACCUUGCAAGUCACACUGAGGGCGGACCUCACUCGUGCGGGGUGUGUGGCAAGGAGUUCUCCAGGAAGAGUCUUCUUGUGAGGCACUCGAGGACCCACACCGGGGAGAAGCCUUUCAAGUGUGGGGAGUGCGGGAGGGCAUUUUCUGUUUCAUCUGAUUUAGUGACACACAAGAGGAUCCACACUGGGGAGAAACCUUACAAGUGUGACGUCUGCCGAAAAGCAUUUUCUCAGUCAUCUCAUUUAGUGAAUCACAAGAGGACCCACACCGGGGAGAAGCCUUACAAGUGUGACGUCUGCGGGAAGGCAUUUUCUGAUUCAUCCGCUUUUGCGCGACACAAGAGGAUUCAUGCCACGAAGAAGCCGUAGGAAUGUGGUGUCUGUGCAAAGAUGGUUUUGUGGGCAUGCAACGCGAAAUGACACAAGGGGACCUAUGACGCGCGGACGCACACAGGUGUGUUGAGAAUGGGCGCUCUCUAUUAAGCUUUGUUUGGCUUCACUCUGAGUCAAUCUUCUGUUCUCGUCUAUGUCGACCUUGUUUCUUUGGAUUAUGUCCUUGCCUUUUAAUGAAGAGUUGCUGUGUAAAGUGAGCACCAG